AUGACUGCAUCACCACUCCUUAAUUCAGCUUUCGACAUCACCACCGUCUCAUUCAUCUCCUCCCUCAUCAUUCUCUCCGUUUUAUCUCUCUGUUUCAUUUUUCACCUUCGCUUCAAAUCCAAAUCGUUACCCUAUUUACAAAACUUCAAUUCCCUCUGGACCGUAAGGUUCCUUCUCGUUCUCUUCAUCUAUCUCUGGUCCGUCGUCGAGCUUCUCCGGUUACCGUUCUUCCGUAGAAGAUAUUUAUAUCAAUAUAUACCUUCCUUAGAGACUUAUCAACAGGCGAAUCUCUGUAAACUCAGCGUUGUUCUUUCUCUGGGUUUCUUCCAACCGGCAUUUCUUGUAACGCUGCUUUUUCUUCUCAACGCUUCUAUAAGAAAGAAAACACCAAACGACGCUUGGGCUAUUACAUUCGUGUUCUUCACGUGUGUUCCUCUUGUUGUUAUUCACGGUUUGCUUGUUUUCUAUAACCCGUUGGAGAAUCAGGUUCCGGAAUUGUUGAGGCAAACUUCAGUGGUUCUUGAAAACGACACCGUUCUCUGCACUUACCCGUUUUUGAACAGCGUCGUUUUCGCGGCGUUUGGUGCUGCGUAUUGUGCUUGGUUUUUGUUCUCGUGUUGGAGGGUGUUGUCGUUGGUGAUUAACAAAGGGCUUCGGAUUCGGAUCUACGGGUUGGCUUCCGUCGUGUUGGUGGCUUUGCCGCUCCAGGUGGUGGCGCUGGCUUUCACGGUGCUUUGGAAUCCGGAGGAUGAUAUUUACGGCGUCGUUUCGCUCGUGGUGUUUCUCACGGCUUUCUGUUGUGCCGUUACGGGAGAGGGUAUUUUGGUAAUUAAGCCUAUUUCGGAUGCGUUGGAUGCUGGUGGUCACUCUUGCAGGUUGACGCCAUGUCGUCAAGAAACGCCGCCGCCGCCGCCGCCGAUGAUGACGGAACAGAAGAUGGAGGAGCGAGACUCCGUCGUGGAUUUAGAGGGUGUUUUGUUGCGAGGGUAG